UAUAUGGGCACCACGCUGGAAACUCACUUAAAAAACUUUACGCGCCAUACCAUUCGGCUAUCAGACGCAGCAUCAGAGCUUUUCCCACAACGAAUACAAAGAAUAUACUUGCUGAAACUGGCAUGCCACAUAUCCAAGAAAGACUCGAAUUGAGCACAUUACGACUGAUACCUAAACUUUUUUAUACCCAUAAUCCGAUAUUACACAACAAAGUAAAACAAGCGGUUACGCGAAAACGGCAUAUAAAAAAGCAAUCAGUCAUCCAUCGGGUUGUUCAAAAGACAGCGCAUCUUGAGCCUGACAUAAAACCAAGGUGCUUAAAAAUCAGCAAACAUCCCCCAUGGGCGCUACAUUCCUCUUUUUUGGUAGACGAAUUAAUGUGCUUUCCAAAGCACAACACCUGUGCAGAUACUUUCAAACAAGUUUUUACGAGUCGAAAACACCAACUUCACUCCAACGGUUGGAGUUUCAUAUACACCGACGGAUCAAAAGAUUAUGCUAAUACCGCGUAUGCAGUCGUUUCUGACGAUUCUUGUAUUAUAAGCAAAGGGUUGCUAUUACCCUACUGCUCCAUUUUCUCAGCCGAAGCCUAUGCUGUGAAAUCAGCAGCAAAAUGGGCGGUAACGUCAAAAGGAAAAUACACCAUAUGCACCGAUAGCCUCUCAACAAUAAUGGCGAUUCAGAACCCAAAUAACGUAAGCCCGCUAAUUGCAUGUAUUCGAGAUACCCUGAUUGCAUAUAAGACUAAAAUAAAAUUAAUGUGGGUACCGAGCCACUGCGGUAUCCAUGGCAACGAUGUAGCCGAUAAGGAAGCUAAAAAGGUACCACAUAUGCCCUGCUACUACGUAGAGACAAACGAGAAAAAUGAUAUAUUACGCUAUAUUUACAAAAUGAAAGAAAAUCAACAAAAAGAGUUAUGGAGCACUUACAAUAACCGGUAUCGCCUUAUUAAUCCUAACAAAACUAAAACAGCCUACCCUACAACAUGUAGUAUUCCAGCGCUCAAAGUUUUCUCAAGACUACGCCUCGGACAUUGUGCACUUUCACACCAACAUCUUCUCAAUAGAAGCUACGAUCCAGGUUGCGCUUAUUGUAACAGCACAUCAACAUCUACGCUACACAUCCUGGAUACAUGCCCAGCACUCAGCAAGAUCAGGGGAGAAAUAUUUUCAUCGAACACACCAUCAGAGCUUUUAAAAGCGCCUACUGCAGAAAAUAUUUCAAUAAUAUACAAAUAUAUCAGCAAAGCUAAAUUAAGUAACAAAAUUUAA